AUGUCCAGCGAGCCGCCGCCGCCGCCGCCAGCAGCGAAACCUCCGUCCAUCCCCUCCACCACUGCCCUCGCCACCGCCGCCGACGGGACCACCACCAUAUCCUCCCUCGGCCAAGACCAACUUCUCGACAUCUUCCUCCGCCUGCCCAACCUCCCGGAUCUCGUCCGCGCCGCGCUCACCUGCCGCCCAUGGCUCUGCGCCGUCCGCUCCUCCCCGUCCUUCCGCCGCCUCUUCCGAGCCCUUCACCCAGCGCCCCUCCUCGGGAUCUUCCUCAAAGUGGACGACGACACCGCCCCCUCCUUCGCACCCCUGCGCCGCUCGGAUCCCGUCGUCACCGCCGCCCUCCGCCGUGGCGACUUCUUCCUCACCUCCCUCCCGCUGGACGACGCCUGGACUGUCACGGACUGCCGCGACGGUUACGUCCUCCUAUGGAAUACUCUCUGGGCCGUGGCUGUGGUGAACCCCAUGACCUGGGCUGUGGACGUCAUCUCCUUCCCCGAUGAUGUCGCGGAUGGGAGUCUCAGCGAUUUCGGCUUCCUUGGUUUCCACCUGCUGACUUCCGACGAGAAUCCCCGGUCGUUCCGUGUGGUCUGCCUCUGCGCCGACGUCUCUAGGGUUCGUGCUGCCGUCUUCUCGUCGGAUACAAGGGGUUGGGCCGUCCACCCAUGGGUGGAGAUCGGUGGUGAAAACAGCCUCAAGUACGGUGCAGGCACGAUGGUGGACGGUUCAGUUUACUGGCCUUUCUAUGCCGAAGGACGCAUUAUCAAGAUCAACACUGCCUCCUCUGUGGAUCUACCCUCACACACAACUAUUGAUUACACUAAGGAUGGUCACCUAUGCAUUGUCUAUGCAUCUCAUGAUGACUUCCUCCUCCAUGUUUGGAUCCGUGGUGUAGAUGGUGAUGGAAUUGGGAUUUGGGUGCCGCAGAACAUACUCUCUUUGAGUGAAGAAAUUGGUCGGGUAACUCGGGGCUGGCUGGGCCACCUUAGGGUUGUGCAAGUUAGGUCUGGAUAUGUCUACUUGUCCAUGAAAUGUAUUACCCCUGUUGGCAUACUCCGCUGCUGGUUCUUAUUCCUUUCAUUGGAGACCAUCAAGAUUGAGUCGCUCAUCCACGGGACAUUUGGGGACUGUGCCUAUCCGUACGUUAUGGCAUGGCCUCCUUGUUUGAUUGGUUGUGAUGGGAGCAGCACUGGGCAUGAAGUUGAAGCUUCUCACUGA